AUGACCUGGGAUGGGACAGGACGGGACAAGGAAGCGCGGGACAUGGGACGGGGUGGGACGACAUUUUUGUCGUCCCGCGGAGCUCUGGCUGUUACUAUCUUUGAUACUUUACAAAAAUUUCCAGAUUUAACAUAUUUUAAAGAUAUUAAUGAACGCCGGCAAGAUGAUCGAAUACGCCAACACAUUGGCGAACUUAUAUCAAAAACAUUACCAGCAGAUUAUCGAAAGAAAACGAUAACUGAUUUGUGCGAACUAACAGAAAAUGAAAUACGAAGACAAUUGCAAGCGAAAUUCGAUGUACAUCAAAAUGAUUUAGAUAAUGAAUUAAAAAUUAUUUUCAAAGCUACCAGUGCAUCUGAACGUAUCAGAGACAGAUGUACACAAUUUUUGAAACGACAAGUAACAGAAAUUAGAAAUGCUUGGUGUACAGCAGUGUUACAAGCGUAUGAUCAAAAAAAAAUGGAAGUAUUAGUCCGAGAUGGUUCUGAUGACCUUCGAAAACUAAUUGAUGAUUUAAUUAAAAGUGGACAAACCAUGACAAAAGCAAAGGCUAUAGAAGAGUUCGAGACAAUGUGGGGGAGAAAAUUAGAAUCAAUUAACAGAAGUUUUGAUCCACAAGAGCGAUUAAAACAAGCAAUUAAGUUUGUUUAUGGCAAUUAUAACAUCUUUGAAAAACAAUGUUUACCAUCUCAUGAACACAUACUUCAUCAUUUACCAUUUAUUACUCAAUUGAGUCAAGAAUCAGAUGUAAAACUUAUGGCUGGUCCAAUACAAUUGCAUUUUGCUCAAAGUGUAUCUCGUCAACAAAAUGCUGCUUUGGAGAGUCACUGGGUACAAUCGAGUAUAAAUAUUACAUAUACGUUAGCAACAAUCGACAACUUUAGUCAUUUAAAUAAGCAAAUACUGAAAGAUCACCAUAAAGCUAGUACUCUGCAUCACGGCACCUAUGACAUGCAAGCAAUGGAUCAAGACAAACAAAAUAGGUACUCGCAUAAAACGCAAAGCUCAAUGUAUCAAGACGAACAAAACAGACAUUUGCAUAAUAAGCAAAGCCCAGCAUAUCAAGAUGAACAAAAUAGGCAUUCGCAUAAAACGCAAAGCUCAAUGUAUCAAGACGAACAAAAUAGGCAUUCGCAUAAUAGAUAUAGUUCAAUGGAUCAAGAAAAACAAAAUAGGCAAUCGCAUAAAAGACAAAGCUCAAUAGAUCAAGAUGAACACAAUAAACAUUCGCACAAUAGACAAUGUUCAAUGUAUCAAGACGAACAAAAUAGGUAUUCGCAUAAUAUACAAAGCCCAACGUAUCAAGAUGAACAAAAUAGGCAUUCGCAUAAUAGAUAUAGUCCAAUGGAUCAAGACAAACAAAAUAGGCAAUCGCAUAAAAGACAAAGUUCAAUAGAUCAAGACGAACAAAAUGGACACUCGCAUAAAAGGCAAAGUUCAAGGCAUUCAGGAUUUGAUGUUAUGAAGAAAGGUGUUGUUGCUUUGACACGUGUUCUUGGUCUCAGACAAUCAACAACAACUUUAACUGAACAAACAACAACAGUUAUCAAUGUAGAACCAUUAAAAUAUGAUUACAUACAUCAGGUCAAUCGUACAAUUUACAGUGAAAUGGAAGAUGCUCCAAAUGCAAAGUCAAAUAUAUUAUGUUUGCCAAUAUUAUUUAACAAAAUUUUACAGGAGACAAUAGCAAUAGUUGAGGGAAACGGUACAAUUCUUCGGCCAAUUGAAGUUGAUUUAAUACAAAAAAUUGUGGGUAUAAUUAACACAAUUAUAAAUGAAAUAAAUCUUGAAUUACUUGUAUUCAAAUUGGCAUUAUCUAAACAGACAAAAUCAUACAUACAUACUUUUAUUAUUAUAUUGUUGACGAUGUUUUAUUAUGAUGAACAAAAACAUCACUUUAAUCAACAAAUUUUGACAUUAGAUAAAGAAAAACCAUCACUUUUAACUUAUUUUAUUAGUAUGGUUGUACCAGAUGCUCAAUGUGACAAUGAAGGAGGUGAACUCUUUGCAAAUAAAGUGCAAAGUGCUGUGCAAUCGAGUUUAGUACGUGAUGCGCAAAUUAUAAUAACCCGUAUCAUUGAAACACAACAACAUUUAAAUCGAAAACAAAUUCAAAUAAUUUGUGAUGGGAAAUUACAUGCAGCUGUAAAUGAUGAUGAUUGGUUAUUUCGUUAUAUUGAUGCACCAACAGAUAUCAUCAUAGAAGAAUUCGAGAUAUUGUGGAUUGAAGUUGAAAAAACAAUUAAUCAACAGUUAGAACAAGAAAAAAAUCAAUGGAAAAAUAUUUUAAUUGAGUUUUUUAGUCGUAUUGAAUUUAUGAUGUCCUCGCUUCUAAAUGAGGGUUCAUCUGUACAAUAUAUUGAUGAUAUAUUCUUAGCAUCAGGUGGUAUUGCAGCAGACAAUUUAAAAAAUAAAGGUCAAUGUAUGGUUCUAUUACUGUAUGCUUAUUUGUCAGGUAAUAAAAUACAACCAGGCACAUCAUAUACCGUAUUUAAUGAGAGUUACACAUUGAAAGCAAAAGGACUGAAAUUAUUUGAAAAAUUACCAACCCCAAGCCGCAGAUUAGCUAACUUGAUUAAUGGAAUGAAAGAUAUUGAUAACUGUAACAAUAAUGGAACGACAAUCGCUUCAAUAAAAAAUUUGCGUGUCUUCCUUGAAAGUAUUAUAGGUGCUAAGAAAACAAUUAAAGAUGCAUACGAUAAAACUCCAACUACAUUUAAAGCUUAUGAUAAAGAUCAAAUUUAUAACAAAUUAUCGGAUAAAGUACGUGGGUGUAUCUCGAAAUGUCCAUGCUGUCAACGGCCUUGUGACAUAGAUCAUACUUUAAUAAAAUCUAAUGCAGGUAUUGUCACGUAA